UAAGUCAACUGAGACAGAAUGCCACGCUGUAAAACACGGCGCAGGAAGCGUCGUCUAAGAGAGGAGAGCGGUUUUAUAAGAUGGGCUGGCUUCCAGCUGCUCCAACGGCUCUUCAAUGUUUCCAUCGCAUGUAUCCUUAUUUAGUUGUUUAGUUGUGUAUGGCCAACAACGUCAAGCCUCACCUCUCCAUUGGCGAGAAACUGAAGCUGAUCGGGCUUUCGCUAUUUGUCGCCCCCUGUAUGCUCGCAAUCGUUGGUGCACAGGUGCUUCUGUUCGCUUUCCGGAACAACUUGAAUAUUCGGCUGUAUCUUUUGAGUGCUGGUGUCAGGGUUAUCUUUAGUACCUUUACGGCUCGUGAAAUCCAAACUUUGCUUCCACCUACCGAAGACGUAUACAGAGCAUGGAUCCAGCGAAAAGCUAGGCUUACAAAGGAUCCAGCGCUCAAGGAACGGCUCCAAUGCGAUAUAAAACGUCUCCCCGAUGGCAACUCAAGCAUUCUCUGGGUUGGAAACCGCCACAAAGCCCGUAAGGUGGUACUCUAUCUUCAUGGUGGAGGAUAUGUCAUGCCGAGCCAAGCAGGACACUUCGAAUGCGUGUGGAAUACAUUCGUUCUCUCCGGACUAGAGUCAGAUACCGAGGUAACUGUGGCAUUUCUACAGUAUUCCUUGGCUCCCGCUUCGAAAGUUCCCGUACAGCUCCGUCAGGCCGCAUUUGCUCUCUCCGAGAUUCUCAAAGCUGGCUUCAGCGCCAAAGAUAUCGUCAUCGGCGGUGACUCUGCUGGUGGCAAUCUCACUAUGCAAACUCUCAAGCAUUUGGUCGAGCCUCAUCCUGAAGCUUGUCAUAUCGCAUUAGAUGAGCCUCUGUCGGCUGCUGUGUUGGUGUCGCCGUGGCUCAGUACUGAGUACUCUAGCUCCUCAUGCCUGGAAUACGAUAGCAGCGAUAUGCUCUCGAGAGCCGUCAUGCGCUCACUGACGGCAGAUGCCUCCAUCUAUGAACAGCAGAGCGACUCGGACGAGACCAACAGCUGGGCGAAGCCCCUUGAAUGCAGAGGGGCUUGGUUAGGCAAGCUACACAAUGCCGUGAGGAAGAUUCACAUGACUGUUGGUGGGAGGGAGAUUUUGGCCGAUCAGGCAACGUCAAUGGCAAAGGCCAUUGAAGCCAUGAAGACGGAUGUCCAAGUAACAGUGGAGAGCGACCCAAACGCCGCCCAUGAUUUUAUUGUAGCCGAAGGAAUACUGGAACAAGUCGGCGAGGCGACGAUUAAAAUGAAGCAGUGGUUCAAAGGAUUGCUAUGAGAACCGAAUAUUUAGCAUAAUCCCCUACAGAUGAGGGAAGGUAUUCAGCAAUAGUGAGAAAUAGUCACUAUAGUUCUAUGCAAUACUGCCCUCCAGCACUCAAGACAUUUAGAAUGACGAGCAUUAAUCAGUCUGGAACUUGUGGUCACACACAUAGAGUGGCACAUAUUUUCAAGGUAUUUCUCGAAGCGACAUUGUGGUAAAUGAAGAAUUUAGACUGGCGUCAUAAUGAAUCAGAAAUGAGCACAGGU